GCCCGCUCGCCAGUUGAAGAAGCGAUCUCGAGCCGCGCGGACACGGAGCUGAGCCCCGCCAGAGGACCGGAUCCGAGCAGACCCGUCUUGCCUCGAGCCGUCGUCGCCACCGUUUCGUCUUCAUCACCGUCUCGCCUUCGCCACCCGCUCAGAGGCCUCACGAUGCCGAUCCAGGUUCUCCGCCCGUCGCCGGCGCCCGAGCCGGGCCUGCAGCGCGCGCUCGCCGACUGCAUCACGCGCUCGGCGCCGCUCGACGAGCUGCGCAUCCUGAUCGCCUGCGGCGCCAAGGUCAACGCCCCGGUCACGCUCGGCCUGCGUCCGCUGCACUACGCCGUCUGGCAGCGCUACCCGGAGGCGGCGCGCUGGCUGCUGACCCGCGGCUGUGACGUGGACGCCGCCGACGACCUGGGCCACACGCCGCUGCACCUGUGCGCCGAGAAGGGCUACGGCGAGCUGGUGGCGCUGUUCCUCGAGUUCGGCGCGCGCGUCGACUUCACCGAGCUGCACGGCGGCGAGGUGGAGGAGCCGCUGCGCAUGGCCAUCAAGCACGGCCACUACGCCAUCGCCGAGCAGCUGCUGCGCCACGGCGCCAACCCGAACGCGCCCUACUUCCUCGGGCCCGAGCUGUGUCUGCUGAAGCCGCUCGACCUGGAGUACGCCGAGCUGCUGCUGCGCUACGGCGCGGACGCCAACGCGCCCGACCGUGCCGGCAUCAGUCAGCUGAUGCGCGCGGCGCGACAGCCGAACGGCCUGCCGGCCGUGCAGCUGUACAUUAAGUACGGCGGUGACGUAAACGGCACGGCCGGCGCGCGCCACGACUUCCGCACGGUGCUCCACUACGCUGUGAUGUCGGGCCAGCUCGAGACUGUGCGCUACCUGGUGCGCCACGGAGCCCGGGUCAACUUCCCCUGCGACUAUGAGAAGCCCACGCCGCUCGAUCUGGCCAUCCUCAAGGGCGACGUGGCCAUGGUGCGUCUGCUCAUCAACCUCGGAGCGGACGUUAACGCCCAUUCGCCCAUCAUCGGCUCGCCGCUGCACGUGGCGUGCUCGGAGUAUAUCGAGAACCGGUCUUCGAUCCUGCAGCUGCUGCUCGGGGCCGGUGCCGACCCCAACGUGGUGGUCAAGUCGGAGGACGGCUUCUUCCUGCGGCCCGUACUGGGCGAGUACCUGACCUCCAACCAGCAGAGCCUCUCCAUCGAGGUCAUCCAGCUGCUGCUUCAGCAUGGCACCAGGGUGGUGCUGAAGAGCCAGUUCCGGGACCCGAUGGGUCUGCUGAACUCGCUGCCGGACCUGCGGCACCUGCCAGGCCUGUUCGAGGUCCUCGCCUCCAGCGCGGACGCCUUCGACCCGCCGAUACUGCGCCGCAGCCGCUCACUCUCCGAAGAGCAGCGCCGGCGCCUGCUGCUGCAGGCGCGCACGCCCCGCCCCCUGCUGCACGUGACGCGUGACGUCAUCCGCCGUGCCAUGCCCGGCCGGCUGUGCCAGGACGCCAAGCAGCUCGUGCUGCCGCACGAGCUGCACGAGUUUCUGCUGUUCUUGACGACGUGAGCGGGCUCGAGGCGCUUGGUGUUGCCGGCCGGUGCCGCCAGGGGCGCUGGUGUCGGCCGGAGGCGUUCUCUCCGACUCCGCGUCAUUUUGGGCGGGCUGUGGUUAGUGCCGGUCUUACGUCGACCAGAGGGACGUGGCAGACGCCCGGCUUUUGUCCCCAUAGCCCGAUCACUGUAGUGCGCGACUUGAUAUUGAUAUUUAUAUCUUGUUGUUCCCUCUUGCACGCCCCGAACGUGGCGCGUUGACACAAAGCUAGUGCUUUCGUCUUGAUAGGUAUUUAUUUUCAUCACAUCUGCAUAGGGGUGAUAUUUUGUAGACUGUAGGCUUAAGGGCAGUUUGGUAACCCGAGCGAGCGAGAUUCUUUAAUGAUUAAAAUAUUUCUACAGAAUGACAAAACCGACCCCAGUAUUUCGGGAAUUCUGGUACCAAGUAUGGGUAGCAAUGCGUCAAACCGCACAUACUUCAGUAGCCACCGUCUGUGAUUAUUGUUCCCUCUCCAAGUAUCCACCGCUUGGAACUGGUUAAUCCGGUCCGAUUUUAACGCCGGAAACGGCUCGCUUGACUGCAUCUGAUUACCGGAAGACCACGCCAACCACAUCGGUUUUGAGCACUGCAUCUUCAAGUCUUUGCAUUCCUGGAGCCGGACGAAACCAACCCAGGAUUUCACAAUGGCCUCCGGAAGGUCCGAAGGUCCAAAUCACAGGUUCAUGCUGCCAGCGUCAACCUUGGAUAGAGUUUGCGAUAUUUCAACUGGCGCGUCGGGUUAGUUUGAGCAGAGUUGGCUGAGCCUGGGGCUACCAGCUCCGGUACCGCGACCGUGGCUCCGGCGCGGCUCCCAGCUCCGGUACAGGCACCGCCAGCCUGAACCACGUCAACGGAGCAUUUGCGAGUCAUGACUCGAACAAGAUUGAUGGUAAGGGCAGGGUCAGGUCAUCUCCCGAGCCGCGAACCGUAUAUUUUUGUCCUCCCGCGCCCCGGCGGGUCCGGACCGUGUGGCUUGUUCGCUCGGCGCGCCUGACUUCUGAGCGCUGCGCCUCCAUCAGCGACCAGCUGACCUGCUUGCGAGUGCGGCCGGAGAGGGCAGGGUCACGGGGUCAGCAGGUCACUGAACUGCGCCCCGCGAGCUCCUCACACGGCGCAGGAGUUACGAGUCCCUGUAUUCUACUGCGAGACAUCGGAGCGUUGGUCACCCACUCGUUGCUUUGAUCUACGUGAUGGCUGUUAUCAAGAUGGCAACAAGUGGACGGGAUUACGACACCUCACUGAAUUGCUGUCCACGCCCCAGUCCACCGCAUCUUGUUUCCUCCUGCCAUUUCUGCUCAAUCGAUGACGUGCCAGUUUCGCAGUUCUCUGGCUCGGCGUACCAUUUUUGUAUCAGCGACUUAUUUAUUAUUACUGUCUUAUGUUUGUCAGUUAUACAAGGCGGAUGCUUGUGUAAUGUGAUUAAUAUAUUUUGUGAGAUCA